AUGCUGGCCAAAUCAAAUUGCAAUUUAUUGACAGAAUAAAUUUUUAUAAUCUAAAUUUUAAUGAUGUCACUAAAUGAGCAUUCUAGAGAACUGUCCCUCUCAAGCCCUAAGUUCAAUAUGAAGUAAGUGGUGAAGAGUUUGAACAAGCGCAAUUAAAUUUUGAUGAAUUAAGAAGGAAUGAUGAGGAGAAGGUUUAAUUCAAUGCUGUAGAGCAAAGACUUCUAUAAAUGAAAAGAACGCAAGGUAAGCUUUGGUGCAAGGAAAGAAAGUGAGUAUCGACAAUGGAAAUAAUAUAAAAAUUUAAGAGAUCGAAAAGAAAGGGGAUGAAAAAAAUAGUAGAAAUUGGAAGAAGCGAAAAUUUGAUCUUAUUAGGGUAUAUCAUGUAAAGAAUAAAAAAGUCGUAAAAAUUAUUUCACAAUUAAAAAUAGGUAUCAAAUAUUAUCAUAAAAAAGAAUAUUAUUUUGAAUCCUCAUAAAUAAGGUUGAUUAUGAAGCAUUCUCAUGUAAUUAGUAUUAUUAUUAUUUAGCUAUUAAAAGCUGUAUUAUGCAUCACAUAAUAUAAUUUUGAAAUUUAGGAUUAUUUAUUAGUUCAAAAUCAAAUAAAUGGACUCUCUAGGAAAUAUUUUGAAACCAGCAAACUCAUUUUAAAUAUUUUUGGGUUGACUAUCCUUUUGAAAAGUUGA